AAGGCAAUAGCUAAUUCUUGGAUCUAUUUUAUACAAGUGACCGCAUUUGUUUACGGUGCCAAACUAAUUGAAAAUGGUGAAAUGCAGUUCGAUCAAGUAUUCCGGUAGAGAUUUUAAUCAUUAUCAUUAUCAGGUAACAUAUUGAUGUUAUUUCUCUCUUCAGAGUGUGGAUUGUUAUUAAUUUUGCAUCCAUGUCACUUGGACGUGCUACAUCAGCACUGCCCGAUUAUUCAAAAGCAAAACCAGCUGCAUUAAGAGUAAUCGAAUUGAAUAAACGAAAAUCAGAAAUUGAUCCUGAGAAUGAAGAUGGUAUUAAACUGAGUGAAGUAGCAGGCAAUAUUGAAUUUCAGAAUGUUGAUUUUGAAUAUCCAGUACGUAAAGAUGUGAAAGUAUUAAAAGAGUUUAAUCUCGUUUGUCCAGAUGGCAAAACAACAGCGUUAGUUGGAUCAUCCGGUUCGGGAAAGAGUACAACAGCGUCAUUAAUACUGAGAUUCUAUGAUCCAUCUGCUGGUAAAGUUCUGUUGGAUGGCCAUGAUGUCAGAUCCCUGAAUAUCAAUUGGUAUCGUUCUCUGUUUGGAUUUGUACAACAAGAGCCCGUUCUCUUUGACAUGACUAUCGGGGAAAACAUAGCCUACGGUGACAACUCUAGAAAUGUUCCACUAAGUGAAAUACAAGAAGCAGCCAAGCAAGCAAAUAUUCA